AUUUCCAUCAGAUCCAGGCCAUCUUCUCGCCAUGAAUCAACUUACUCCCAUAGAUCGAGUUCCACCAGAAGUUUUACUUCAGAUCUUUUCGUGGGCCACUCUGAUUGAUAAACCUAUGAGUCGCUAUCUCGGGUGGGUUCAGACGGUCACCCAUGUGUGUCAAUUGUGGCGCCACAUCGCGCUCGAGAGCGCGACCCUCUGGACGACGAUCCGUACGGAUAUGGGCACGAAAUGGGCAGAGGAGAUGCUGAGACGUUCUCGCUCUGCAACCGUCGAAAUCCAUCACAGCUCUUGGUCCACCUUACCCUGGGACGACUUCCUCGACCGUUAUCUGGCGUUGCCUGAUAACCUGCAGAGUAUUCGUGUUAUCGAUCUUCGUGGUCAGGAGCAACUCCUCGAAUACCUUAGCGCGCCCGCACCGUCCUUAGAGACGCUAAAAAUAAUUCACUACGAUGUUUUCGGCGUCAGACCCGACAAUUCCCUCGCUCUUCCCUCGAACAUCUUCGCCUCUCACGCACCCAGGCUUCAGGAAAUCUAUCUCUCACACUGUAGCAUUCCUUGGGAUUCUCCUAUCUUUCAUCACAACUUGAUCCUCCUCACCAUUCAUGUCCAAAUAUCCGAAACCACUCCAUCCGUAUCCCAGUUCGAAGGACUCCUAAGGAGGACACCGAUACUCGAAGAGCUGACUAUCGCGCAUGCCAUUCCUUCGGCCUCCUCUUCACGCCUUCGUAGCGUCGAUCCAGUCGUGGAAUUGCUCCAGUUGAAGGUCCUUUCCCUAUGUGGGGACAUCCCCGAUAUGCUGCAGGUUCUGGAGCGAGUAGCAAUCCCCCCCACAACUACUCUAAAGCUCAUCUGUCAUCCUUUGUUCGACGCCGAUCUACACCAUUUUGAAGUCAUACCCAUCCUAGCUGCGCGUAUGGACACCCCCUCAUACGCCAAUCUUCCUCUCGAACUUCGCGUCACACGACAGAACGUCAUUCUCAGAAUUUCACUUUCAGCGUUCAUGCCCGUCGCCGGGCGGUCUGAGCCAAAAUUGCACAAUGUCUUCACUCUAGAAUCGCACAUGGAUGAUAUAAUUCCCUUCUUGACGGCGCUAUUUCAACAUCUCCCAAGACACCGCAUCACCAGCCUUUUCCUCGAUUUCUCAGGGUGCGGACCAGCUCUCUUCACAGACGAUGUCUGGAGCGCCCUUUUUUGGAGGAUGCGUAACGUCAGUCACCUUGAGCUGCGUAACCUCCUCGGCGAUGAACCGGACCUUCGAUCGGACGCCGAGAGCCUCAUUCCUCUGGAUAUAUCCCGCCCGAUAGAGCACGAGAACCUGCAAUUUGAGCCCCGACGACGACGAGAGUCAGACUCUGACCCGGCAGCUGCCAAAAUAAAACGUCCCAUAUUUCCCGUGCUGCACACCCUACUUCUCUCGCACAUCAAGAUCUAUCGUGCUCGUGAACGUUUGGUGGUAGGGUUUCUGAAGAAAAUGGCGAGGGACAUGGAGUGGCGCAGGCUUUCAGAAUGUGCUAUUGAGGAGCUGAUUAUAGAAGAUGAGCUUGGUGCUCUGGACGAGAUGAUUGGUACUGAGGAAGAUGCAGUGGUGUUCGAUCGACUCAAGAGAGUGGUUCGCGACGUCAGAAUUGUUUCAGGCCAUUCUGGUACCCAGUUCGGUAUUUGA